GGAGUAUAAUAACUUCAAAUAACAUUUCAAGCAAUCAUUUCAAAAGUACACAUUGUGAAAUAGACUGGACGCAUAUAUCUAGUCUGUGAUGAAAAUCCCAAUCAUGAUACCGGUAUCAAUGCUUCGGCGAACUUUAGUCAAUGGGACAAUAUACUCUGCUGCAGCACUUCGUUUUGCUUCGACUCAACCUGAUAAACAAGUUUAUUUCGAUGUAACUGCUGACGGAGAGCCAUUGGGACGUAUAGUCAUAAAAUUGAACACGGAUGAAGUACCGAAAACUGCUGAGAACUUUAGAGCUCUGUGUACUGGUGAAAAAGGUUUUGGGUACAAGGGUUCAUCAUUUCAUAGAAUAAUACCAGACUUCAUGUGUCAAGGUGGAGAUUUUACCAAUCACAACGGUACCGGCGGAAAGUCUAUUUACGGGCGUACCUUCUCAGAUGAGAAUUUCAAAUUAAAGCAUACUGGGCCUGGAAUUUUAUCAAUGGCGAAUGCUGGACCGAAUACAAAUGGGUCUCAAUUUUUUAUAACCACAGUUCCGACUCCUUGGUUGGAUAGAAAACAUGUAGUAUUUGGGUCUGUGGUUGAAGGUAUGGAUGUUGUGCAGAAAAUGGAAAAACUUGGUUCUAAAAGUGGUAAACCAAUAAAGAAAGUUGUCAUCUCAGAUUCAGGUGAGUUAGAUUAAAGUUGUCUAGUUGUUAUUUCUGGUAUAUCAAAGUAUGUAAGAAAGAAUUAUUUAGACUUAAAGUUUGUUAUUGCUAUUAAAUAUAGAGAAAAAUCAUGUUUGUAGUUAAAUAAAGUUAUGUAGUUAAAUAAUGUGUCAUAUUAUU